AUUUAAAAUAAGUAAGAAUUAAUCGGAGUUAGAAGAUAUUUUUUAUUUGAACCAAUCUGUACUUGAGCUCACGGUUUCGCUAAGGUUAAAGUUAUCAUAUUCUUGGAUAUUAUAAAAUCUAUGUAUAAAAUAUAUAAGCAAUAUAUUUAAAAAAGUAAACCACAUCUUUGUUCAUACACCUUUUAUAAUUUUAUUCAAUGUUAUAGGAAUUGAUUUUGCAAUAAAAAACCGUCUAAAAAUUGAAAAUUUAACAAUAGUAUACAAAUAAAUACGUACCGAUAACAGUAUUUUAUUUCAUUUAAUAGUAACAGUAUAUAAUUUCAUUAUACUAAUGCUUGCGCAUCUUACAUUCACUUGGAACUUAUUUACACUGCAUUUCUUUCAGUGAAAUGUUAAUAUAAUUAGAUAUGAUAUAUUUUAUUCAAGAAAUUACGGCUCUCUGACGACAUAAACAAAUUAAAACAUAUUUUUUUCUGGUUAUAUAAUAACUUCCAAAAUGAAUGGAAAAUAACGAUCAUUACUUUAAAUAUUAAUAGUAGUAAAUAAUUUAUAAAUGCUGGCAACUGGAAUUUACUGGCGGCACCUGUCAUGUUAUACGAAAUUUAACCGUCGUUUACCAUCUGCCAUGCUCAACAUCAUCUUUUGUUUACUAAAUAAAAAAAAUAAUAAUGGUGAAUGAAAAUAAUAUAACUAUUUAUUCCAGUAAAUUAAAACUUUAAGAAAACUAUAUUCGGAGUGAUACAGUGUUAUUAAAACAUAUGUUUGAUGCUGUACUUUUGUAUAAUUGAGUUUGAUUAUGGACUCCAUAGACAACAAUCAGUUUGAAGUUAUACCUUGUACAAAAGCGAAGAGGAAGAUUGUUACACCUUGUCCCACGGCGUACCUAAACCCGGCUCUCGAUCUCCUUGUUAAUGAAGAUCCCAUAUGUAACACAGCUAUGGAAAUUGUCCCUAUUAAGAAACGUAAAAGAUCGAAAAGCUGUGAUAUUGCAGCUUUUGAGAACACCGCCUUAGAUGUUGGUGUGAGUAAAGCAGCGGUUAAUGAACUCCUGGUUAGAGAGUUGGAGAAUGUACGUAAAAAUUUGAAAUCCUUCGAUAGUAGUUUACCUUCAGAAUUCAAAGAAAAUACACCGCAAAUUACUAUUGAUAGUACUGUUGAACCUGUAUAUGCUAACUUAACUGAUAUGUCUAUACCCCAGAAUAAUUGUACAGAGAAUUCAAUUCUUCAAAACAAUGAUAACAACAUUAUGGACGUUUCUGAGUUUCGUCCUGAUAUUAGUGAAAUAGGAAUGGAUUCGGGUAUAUCAAUACUUGAACAGAAAUCUUUAAACACUGCUGUAAAUACUGAUAAAGGAAACGACAAUCUAGAUACCUCUGUUAACACAACAAACAUACAAACUAAUGUUACAAACCAAAUAUUUAUUAAUAAUACAAGUAAUUUAAACCUUAGUUUCAUUGACAGACUAGCAUUAGAUUCCCCUAACUUAACAAACCAAUCUCUUUAUUUAGAUGACGAUCUAAAUGAAAGCAAUAUUAUGGAAAUCAAAACCAUAACAAUAAUAACGAAGAAGAAACGCAUUCCUGAACGUAAACAAAUCACCAAUCCAUUUCUAGAUCCAAAUCUAGAUAUGAAUUAUGCUGAAACAACAGAAAAUCCAUUUCUAGAUAAUGAAGUUAAAGAACUAGAAUAUAAUGUUGAAAUAACAAACAAUCCUGCUGCAGUGCAGCCACAACAAAACCAUAACAAUUUGUUGCCUCGCAGACUGUUUGUAAGUGACACUAACAGCACAAUAUCAACUGUGAAUGAGUCUCUAAAUGUUGAUAAUCAUCAUGAAUAUGAAAAUGUUGACAGUUACCGCGCAGAGAGUCCCAUAUACGAGAAUGUUCGCGAUGAAUUAGAUGACAUAAAUUACAAUAAACAAAGCAAAAUAUUAGGGUGUGACGUGUCACAAUUCAGUGCUGUUGAUAUUAUGAAUUUGAAUAGAAAUACAUAUGAAGGCAACAGUUCUAGUGAGUCUAAUGAGAACAAGAAAGAUUUUAAACACCAAAUAUUGAAAGCUAGCAAUAAAUUGUCUAGGAAAGUUUUAAAAACACUGAAGAGGACUUUCAAAGGAGAAAAACCUGAACAUAACACUACGCUUAAUCCUUACGAAGUACCUAGAAAACCACCAAAGCAGAAAGUUGUAGCCAAAGACUCGGGAAUAGAGAAUCCUGCACUUAAUUUGGAUAAUUCAGAUGAAAUUGAAAUUGAAGAGGUAGACGAAGAUGAUAUCGAACAUCAAUAUGAAACAAUAAAGACAUUAAGAAAUACCCAACUAAAUAUGAAUGUGACUCCAUUAAAAGAACGGGCCAUAGAUAAUAUAGAUGUUUCACAUAACAGAACUAACACGCCAGGAAAAAAGGUCCGCUUCGAUUCAACUUUAAAUCAAGAGAAAAUCAUAACAGGCAAUAGCUUCGAUUAUGAACUGCAAAGUCCAGGGUUUGAUUCUAAAAUUGACAAGUAUCAUGAUGAAUUAGAGAAUUGUAUUAACGAAAGAAAAUUUUUACAACAAAACAUGUGAUCCAACUGCUCAAUUAUAAGUAGGCAGACUGUCAACACGAUGUUGUUUCAGAUUAUUGUUAAAUUGGAAUUGGCUGUUAAUUUAAAGAGGAUCGAAGUUUGAAUGUUGGAAAUAGGGGCAUAAAUAUUUUUUAUUCUUUACUGUAUCCGGAUGUGUAAAAUGCAAAUCGCAAAAUGAUCAAAGCCUUAUAACUUACGAGUCCUCGCGUGGAGGACGUUAUAUUAAUGGACGUGGUAGUUGUAAUGAAUGGACUGACCAUCUAGAUCCACCAGUAUUGGACCGCUUUGUGUCGCAUAUAUCAUGGGGAGUGUUCAGAGAAUUUAUUUGUAUUAAUACCAGCUGCUGAAUUUUAUCACUGUACAACCCGCUACAAGUUAAAGUUCCAUCUCGACCAUUUGGGUGAGUGGCGGUCCUCCCCCGUACGUUUCUGUAGAAGCUUUCUUCCAAGCACCGUAUUUUUGAAUAGAUACGACGCUGAAACCGAAGAAAAGAGUAUAUUCCUAUUAAAAAGGCAAGCAAAACACAUUUCUCUAAUGUUGUCUUCUCUAUCGUCGGCGAUAGUCACUUACCAUCUUAAUAAUCGCAUGUUUUUAAAAAAAAUACAGUUUUUUUGUAUUCAUUAGCGAUUUAUACGAAAUAAUUAGUACUAUGAUUCGUGUAAAAUAGGGUGUCUAAACUUUUUCGUACUUCGUCACCUAUAGACAUGAGCAGUACCAUGGACAUAACAGAGUAUACUGUUUCGCCCAUGAUACCCCCCUUGCGUUGCUAUUCCUCAAAGACUCAGCUGUUAUUCCUCUGUACCCAGUAAAUUCACGCCAUAUCCCACCCUUCAAACCGAAACACAGCCAUGCAAACAAAACCGCUUCACGGUAGAAUCACGAAUGGGACAGAGGUUGCCAAGCUGAUUACUUUUGUACAGUCUCCCUCUGGUUAUAUUGGAGCUCGGAAGCCUAACAUUGAUUGUUGGUCGUCUAAACAAUAGAUGAAAAAUAAAAAACGAAACCAACACUUAGCAAUCAGAUACUGGGGUCGAUUUUUAAGUGCUAUUUCUCUAAACUUAUCUCCUAUCUUAAUUUGUUAUUUUCUUGAAAUAAGUUAAAACUAUAAUAAUUUUGACUUAAAUAACCAAAAAAAUUAGUUCAUAUUGGUGUUUACAAUAAAAAUUUUACUGUGAUAUCAAAUUGAAAUUUUAAGUGAUAGGUUCAGAAAAAUAGCGACUCAGAAUCGACCGCACUGAUUCCCGCCAAAAAUUGUACAGAUUGUCACUGGCAGCUAUUUGCAUAAUAUGCUUUUGUCACAUGAGUAAAUAAUCAUACAGAGUAUAAAUUAUGCCCAAUCUCAUCUCGACCCCCCCCUCGAUGAUUUGAUAAUGACCAUUCGCAAAAAGAUGCUUCCUCCCUCCCGUUCGUCCCUGUUCCCCGCUGUGAGCAACGCAGUCACUAGUCUUUGUUUUGACAGCAUUAGCAUGUUUUUGACAGCUGAUUUUUUUGCCAGUCUCUGUUCUGAAAGAACUCUAUUGAGCGUGAUUUUGCAGUCGACUUUAUUCCAAUUAUGUAUUUUGUUUUUUUUUAUUUUGAUAUUUUUCUUUUUUGGUCCUGCCGUUUUUGUAUACGUAGUUAGUUUUUGAUAUUGAAAGCAUAAUGUCUCAAUUCUCAAGAAUAAGGAGGGCCAUGGGCGUCACAGUGUAUUUUGUGGAGUCCAUGCCUUUGUGUUCUGAACAAUAUUUUUUUUAUUAAAAUAUUAAAAUAAUAUUCCAAUAAUUAUUGAGGGGUUGAAAAAUUUUCUAAUGAAUGAGAUUUGAACAGUCGUAUCACCAGUUGGCCUAUCAUAUAAGAGCCAAAUUCAGCCCCUUCGAAUUUGGCCCUUGCUAUUGAGACAUGUUUUUCAUAUUUUAAUAAUAUUCCAAUAUGAAUUCGCAAUUAAGUGGUACUCGUAAUUUGCCAUAAAUAAAAAAAAAAAAAAAAUUUUUUUACAUUAUUGUUCAGUAAAGGUUGUUUCUAUGUUCCAUGUAUGAUAACCUCUAUAUAAUAAUAAUUACGUAGAUUGCGAGUUCUAUUCCCGGACAGUACAAAUAUUUUCACGAGACGAGUAUUGGUAGUAGCGUGGUCCUUCUUAUCUAUACCCGCUGUGAUGAUGAGGACGGGUAAGGUAGGGGCAUCGGGGCGAACCUCAAUACGCCGGCAUCUACUCCGUAGGUCACAGUCUCCGGUCACUAGGUUUUAAGCCGAUAUACAUCAAGUGUUGUCGACGUGGCAUCUUACGAGACGAGUGUGCCUAUUUGGACCUAGAUGGCGCUAUCUGAUAUGUCGAAGUCAGUUAUUAAUUUUAAUAAUUAUCAAUGAAUUAAAUUUGACUUCUCUGUAUGUGUAAUUACUCUGUAUUUUUACUAUUGUACUUAAGUAACUAAUUAACAAGUAUUUGUAACAUAAUAUUGUAGAUUCUAUUGAAUCUUUUAUUUUUUAUGUGUUUAUCUACAAAUUUUUAAGUACUUUACCUUAAUGUUUAAAAAAACAAUGUUUUAUUUAUAAGUUAAUCUUCAAAAUGUAUUAUUGCACAUUCCAAAGUUAAUUUAAAGUGAGGCUAAUGUGAAUAUUUCUAUAAGUUUCUGUUAUUUUAUAUAAUUAUUUGUUAAGUGUAACCAGUUUUUCCAUUUAAAAUUUUAUUACAGUUUGUAAACCAAAGAUUUUUAUCUUCACGCGAAGUUUUUUGCUGGGUAGGCAGAAGAAACCAAAAACCUUAUUUCUCUCCCUUUCAUAUAAUUUAGCAUGUAUUUUUAUUCAAAACAAACAUGGUGUAUGACACCAAAGACAAUACAUGGUGAACUUUCCUAACCGUUAUAAGACUGGAGAAAUAUUUAUAUUUAGAUAUUAAUUUGUUUUAGUUAUAAUUAUAAGUUAAGUAAGUCACUUUAGUCAUUAAUGUUAUAUAAUUUUAUAUUUAAAAAAACAUUAGGUUAGUUAUGUUCGAUGGUUUAAUUUACAUUUUGUAUUUUUUUUUCUACUCGAACGUCAGAGCAAUACCUAAGGGUAAUUAAAAAUAUUGAAAAUUCUUUUUGAAAAUUAAGUCUUAAUUUAUCAAUUUUUAAACUUUAAAUCGUGAAACAUGUCUUGACGUUUAUUUAUAGGGUUUUUUUUUAAAUAUAUUAUUUAUUUUAUAUUGGGACAUCUUUAAUACAGUCUAAUGUAUAUUUUAUAUCUUGCCAGUUUUAUACCAAUGAAAUAAUGUAAUGGAAUACUUAUUAGGUUAAAACCAAAGGUACCUUUUACUUUCUUUAAAAUUGCCCACAGCAGUAGGUACUAAGAUUUUUAUUUAAUAAAAGCAUAAUUGUUGAAGUAAAGCCUAAACUAUUAAAUCAAUUUUUAUAAAAUUUCUACUUGUAUAUCCUUACAGAUAAAAGAUGAAUUUUCCAAAUCGUUUCACAACUGACGGAGUUAUGGUGUAAUUGUGAUAAACAUCCCAUCUCUCACAAACCAUAAACAGUGCAACGAGAAUAUUUUAUUAAUUUAAUUCUUGCUCAA